GGGAGGCAGGGCCAGUCGGCGGGCUCCGCGCAGCUGCUCCUGUUCGGGCCGGGCGCAGGCGCUGUAGCUUGUUCCCCUGCGGGAAGCGGGUUCCGACCCGCAAGGCUCUGUCAAUGAGCUGCGAGCAGGUUGUUGCGCUGUACUUUGCCAGGAGCGCUGAAUUGGCAGGUGUUCGCUCUGAGAUUAUUUCUGUACCGCAACAAUUAACCUCUCUACAGCUGUGGGAAGAAAUUGUGAAAAGGCAUCCAAGACUUGCUGCCAUUCAGGAUCAAGUAGUUUUCGCUGUUCGCCAGGAAUACGUGAUUCUUGGUGAUCAGCUUCUGGUCCUGCAGUCAGGUGACGAGGUUGCCAUUAUCCCACCUAUCAGCGGGGGCUAACGCCAGGCAAACACACUUGGGGUCUAGUGAUUUGUGGAUGACUUUCCCCUUCCGCUAGAACUCUUUGAGAGGGUGUAACAUGCAUCCCCUGCAGUAGACGGCCGUGUUGC